AACAAACCUCGAUUCGGCCUUGAGUAAAAAUCGAACACAUCUCGCAAAAUGUCAACAGAUGGAGAAUUACAGAGAUAAAAACUUAAAUUGCGCAUUAUGGGUAAUUCGAAGUCGACUAAACUUCACCAUGUUUCGUUGAACAUGCCCCAAAAGGAGCGUGACCUUCACCUUGCUGUGAUGGCCAACGAUAGAGAAGGGGUUCGAGCUCUAAUUAGUGCUGGUGCCAAUUUUAACUACCCAUGGAGCAAUCCAGCUGUACCGAGUGUUAAAGACAGUACUACACCUCUGAUUGCAGCCGUCUCUCUCAAUCAUGUAGAAAUAUCAAUGAUAUUGUUGAAAGCUGGAGCUGAUAUUAACAUGACUGAUAGGAAUGGUUGUACAGCAUUGUAUAAAGCUGCCUACCAUGGUAGACCAGUUCUUGUUGAUAUUCUUACUCAAGCCGGUGCUGAUUUGAACAAAGCAGACAAAGAAGGACAAACUCCGUUAUAUAUCUGUGUUCAGAAUGCUAUUGUACACUCGAGCUAUGCAACUGUAGAAAUGUUACUGGCUGCUGGUGCCAGAGUUCAUCAGAGUGACAGGAAUGGAAAAGCACCAAUACAUGUAGCUGCUCACUGGAAAAUAAAAGACAUGUUACGUAUAUUAGCAUCAGCUUCCACUGUUAACAGAAUAGACAAUUUAGGGAGAACACCUCUCUAUGUGUGCGUCAGUUCUCUAAGUACAGGACUUUAUAAGGAGGAUUUGAAGUACCAAGUUCCGUGUAUAAAAGUACUAUUCCAUGCUCAGUGUGACAUGUUGAACUUAAUCGAUUGGUUAAAAUGGAAGGGGCCGGGAAUUCCACCGGAACUGCUCGCAAACGAUGAAGCAUUCUUUGAAUGGUAUACGAAAAGUUUCAGUUCGCCACAUUCGUUGAAGAAUUUGUGUAGAAAAGUGAUCCAACAGAGACUUGUGGAUAAUUGGAAAGAUGGUUUCUUGAAAAAAAUAACGUAUGUUCCGCUACCAGCCAAGUUACACGUUUACCUGUCACAUAAAAUGUUCCUUAUACCUACACCUACUGUUCUUCAUCAUGAGAUAUAAAUACACAGCAUAGCACAUUGUUACUAAAAUUUUUAUAUAUAUAUAUUUUCUUGUUUUACAACACGUUUCAUGUUUUGUUUUUGUGAAGUCUAUUGAAUUACUGUUGUUAUUCUGUAGAAAUUGAUAAAGGAAUCUCGGACAGCUUUUUUUUUUUUACCAAAUCAGAUGUAUUUUUAAUUGGUUUGUAAAACUCUAGCUUUUUUUUUAUUGUAGAUGAUACGGUUUUAAACCUAUUUGAAAAGAUACAUAGAAAUAUAGAAAAUUGUUAUUAGAAAAAUUUAAAGAAAAAGAUUUUUUUUUAAAAAAUGUCUGUGAUAAUGGGUAAGAUGGGUGAUGUUAUUUAGUCAGAAGAGAUGUUAAUAUGAAUUUAUUUCGUAUUUUGUGCCAAGUUCGGUGAAAAGAUGCUAAUGAGUGUAAUAUCAAUUAUUUUCUUAUUCUAAUAUAGAACAGACACCUUCUUGUGUCUACUCAUACUGGCAACAUUUCCUGAAGAUUUAAUAUUUUUAAGAUUUUUUUUAAAGAAAAUCAACCGCCUCCGUGGUCGAGGGGUUAGAGUCGAUGACUUCUAAUCCAGUUAACUCUCUGGCGUGGGUUCGAUCCCCGGGAGAUGCUUUGGUAGUUUAGCGCGGAGGAAGGUAGUCUAGUACUGGUGUAACUCUCCAGGAACGAUGGUUAGGAAACUACCCGCCUAUAUGACUGUAAUACUGUUAGAAAAAGGCGUAAAAUGAAACAAACAAACAAAAAAUUUAAAGAAAAUCAAAAAUGUUUAUUAGUUUCGAAAGUACAGAUUUUAUUUUUAAUCACACUAUGUUGUGAUAUCUAUGACUUGAACAUGUGAAGAAUAACCCAUGCUUUUUAAAUUGACACAUUUUAGGAUGGUUACCAUAAGAAAAUUGGGGAAAAUGCAAGAAACCUGUCAAGAAAUUCACAUUUUUAGAUGAUAACAAUACACUGAUGUUUUUCAUAAAAAACAAGCUGAUAGGAAAAAAUCUUUACAAUUUUUGGGAAUAAUCAAAGAUAAACUGGUUAUUUUCAGCACUUUAUUUAAUGUCAACCUCUCUGCAACAUAAACAACAAAAACACCUUUAAUGGCAUUCACUCAACAGGUAUCUUUUGGCCUGACAUGUGAACAUUUUUAUGUUCUCUGUUUCAUUUAUAGUUUAGAUAUUUGUUUGAUAAAUCUUUUGAUAUGUGUUGAGCUUUUACAUGACAAGAUACCAGUCUAAAUUAUAUUCACAGCUUGUACAUGACAAGAUACCAGUCUAAUAUAUAUUCACAGCUUGUACAGUCAAAAGUACAUUCACAACUUGUACAUGACAAGAUACCAGUCAAAAGUACAUUCACAGCAU